GCCUUCAGGUACUAUCGUAAAAGUCAGGAUCGUCUUCUGUUUAACCAUUAUGUUAGGAGAUUGAACUGUAAACUCGGUAUUUAUUUUUGAAUGUUAAUUGCACAGCAUUGUCUCGUCAAAAAACAACAACAAAAUAACGUCUCCAGAAUGAUGCACGGUGUACGCAUUUACAGAAGAACAAAAUAUUAGUGGCAUUAGAAACAAAAAAAAUAAUUUCCUUCCGUCUGUUAGCAAGCCUACACGUCUUUCCUUCAUGGUAUAGUGUCAGACUUUACGAGCAACAGUGAAAGCAUCUCUUUGUGGCAUGCGCACUGUCCAUAUCCGGAACUUGUCACGUGUCCAAACAAACGCGCCUGUGUUUUGUGCUCUAAGUUUGGUUUGGGGUCUGUGUCAGGCAGUGCAGUGACUUCAGUAAACAUUGGCCAGUCUUUAAGACGCAUACGUCAGAUAUAUUAGUUCCCUUAGAGGCGUUUAGUGGGGGGAAAUAAAUUGUGUUGCCGUUAGCAACGGUUGCGUGGAGGUGUCACCACGUAGUGUCCCUCGUACUCAGGAUCAAUGGCGUCCUGUGAGUGGAUGACGUCCUGUACAAACAUUAUCUUAUCUGCCACAGCACUUCACUCUUCUUACACACUCUUUAAGAGGGUAGGUGUGAGAAAAGACAAUUUACAGAAGAUGGGAAAAAAAACACCACACUUACGCAUACAGGACAUGAUGUGCAAAGAGAUAAAGGAUCACAGGGCUCCAUCAGUCGGCCUCUUCCUUCUUGGACUCUCUGCAGCACUUUGCCUCUUGCAUCCCUCCAGCUCAUACCUCACGUCUAUCCAGAGGGAAGCACAGUGGGCCAGUGAAGUUCUGGCUCCAGCUCUGGUUUCCUUUGACUUCCUGUGGCUCAGUGAAGAUCACAACACAGCACAUAUUCUCCUGUGUGGCUCCUGCAUUCUGCUGGGACUGUGUGACUGGCUGUCGGUCGAAGCUCUCACUUUGAUGACACGUUGCCUGGGCCUGUCCUCCCUGUCCUGCUGCCUGACUGUGUGUCUGUUUGCGGGUAAUGCUUUAGGAGCCCUGGGUGGUGUUGCCCUCAGCCUCCCAUUGCUGGUAGCUCCACCAGGUGGAGAAAACACUUUUUUGCCACUAAUUUAUCCAGGAGCCACCGAAGGACUCAUAAAGUGUAUUUUGAAAGGAUUCAUGUCUGUUGGUUGUUGGGCCUCCACAAAGGCCCUUCACCUUUUUCUGUUGGAUGUCACAGGCAUUCACUAACAUAAAGAUGUAUUGAGGCACUAAGUGGACCUAUGCAAAUCAUAAAGUGCCAACUUAAAAGCCUUUGCAAGGAGAUUUUUGGUAAAGAUUUGAGUGGGCUGAGUUAACUUUAUUGUCGUUACAACAAACUAAGUUAAGCUUUGACCUCCUCAUAAUUCAACUGACAGAAUAAGACUCAACACUACAAAAGAAAACCAUCUUAUACAAAACACUUAAAAAAUAUCAAACUUAUUGAAUCCAUUUGUAAAAGUGCAGCAUCUGGGUGCUGAUUAAUCCACAAAUCAAUUAACAGAAAAAAAGGCAAAACUUUGUAAUAGACUAACCAAGCAAUGUUUGUUUAAUGAUUAAGUGAUGAUCAUACAAAAACACAUCCAGACUUUUUACACUACAGGUGCCUGGUUCACAUUUAUAAGCUCUUAAUAUUAUUAAUGUCAACAUGUUUGCACUUUAAUUUUCUUUUUGAUUAUUUCCAAGACUUUCAAGCAGGCUGCGCUCACUCUCAGGUCAUCGAUAUUCUCCACACAUCUUUGCUGACACUUUCGGUGUUGCAAAAUCUAAAAUCAUGCAGCUGCCUCCGACUCUCGCUCCUGUUUGCUUUGCAGACUCAGCAGUAUCACAGUUUAAAUAUCUGCAGUGGUCGAAGCUCUAGGCCCUGCUCUUACCUCACCAUGCCCACACUUAUCAAUGCACUUUUUUUUAAAACUACUUUUUGGGUUUUUAGUGUCUAUUACAGUGACUGUUGAAGUUAUUGCCACUUAAACAAGUUCUGUAUUAUUCUGUUUGUCCAAAGUGUUCAUAAUAAAAUUCAUUAAAAUUCAUAGUGGACGCUGCAACCCCUCUCUCAGGAUUUCAGAGUGUUGAGCGGCUGCAGCAGCACUUUUGCUGCAGUGUUCGACCAGCUUGCUGCAUACCUGUGUGUGGGACAGUGCCUUUGUCCCACCUCAGGGUACGCAGGUUUGUAGGGAUGCUUUAUUUAGUGAACACUUCUGAGUGUGUGGUGCCAAAAAUGACUGAUUGUUGAGCUCCCUGUGCUUUUUUGUAAAUGAUUUGAAUUCAGCUAAUGUGUGUGUUUUUUGGCAAGAGGGAGAAGUGUUUUAAAAUAGGUUAUGUGUUGUACUUUUGUUGAUUUUUUUUUUUUGUUCCGAGGAAAUGUUCUCUAACAAUCAUCAAAUAAACAAUUUAAAAAGA